GUGUGUGUGCGUGUGUGUGAGCACGCUCUGCGCCUGAACUCUACUUUUUUGCGGAACUCUGUAAUUCGCAGCAGAUGACCACUUGGGGGGAUGCAGGCUUUACUGGGGAUGUGAGCUUUUCCUCAGACAGCAUCAGAGCGCACACAAAUUAAUUUGCUUUAUAGGUGAUGCUGCUGAGUGAUGGAGCCGUCUACUUGAUGCGUGCAGCACUUCUCUCUCCACUUUUCACAGCAACAAGUGGAUUAUGGACGGGUCGAUCUCCAGCGUGAGAGAGGAGAGGGGCGACUGCACCUGAACUACACAAAGCGAAUGCCGCAUCAGUCUCUGGCUGUGCUGUGGGAAUGGAUACCAGCAAUUUCCUGGCGGGGAUAUGCUUUUUCCUGCUGGCGCUCAAUGGGUUCAUCUCUUCCUCGCCGGCGACAAGCUUUUGUCCCGACCGCUGUGACUGUCAACACCCGCAGCACCUCAUGUGCAGCAACCGCGGGUUGCGCACUGUGCCCAAAUCCGCCGCGCGGGUGUCCGAGGAGGUGCUGAUCUUCAGCCUCGGGGGUAACUACAUAGGUAACAUCUCUGCUUUCGACUUCACGCGGUACAGUAACCUCAUUAGAUUGAAUUUACAGUACAAUCAAAUACAAAGCAUUCAGCCAAAAGCAUUCGAGAAACUCUCCAAGUUGGAAGAGCUGUACCUGGGACAUAAUCUUUUAUCAAACCUACCCGCUGGGACUUUACAACCCCUGAAGAAAUUAUCUAUUCUCUAUGGAAAUAAUAAUGACAUUAAGAAAAUCACACCGGAGCUCUUUGCCAACUUAGACACUCUUGUUAAAUUGCGUCUCGACGGCAAUUCAAUAGAAGUUCUGCAGGACUCUGUUUUUAAAAGUUUAACCAGUCUACAUUAUCUCCACCUGGAAUCCAACAAACUGCAGCAUAUUCACAGAAACGCUUUCUCUAAACUCACCAACCUGCGCUUUCUAAACUUGGCACACAACAAGUUGUCAGCCGUGCGCAAUGCCCUCACUUUUUCCCAACUCAAAGCUUUGACCACUUUGCUGCUGUCUGAAAAUGAAAUCCAGGACGUCGGAAACCACGUCUUCCAAAAUCUGAAAAAGCUGUCUAAACUGUCCCUCAGCAACAACAGAAUCUCUCGCUUGGACAGUGGGGCUCUGAAGGGGCUGUCGAGCCUCAGAGAGUUUCUGAUUGAAGGCAACGAGCUGGAGGAAAUCCCCGCCGGUCUCCUCGACUCCCUGGAGCGCAUCGAAGAGCUUGACUUCAGUCGCAACCGGAUUUCCCAUGUGGACGCUUUGGCUUUUUCGCGACUUAAACAUUUAAGAGUGCUGAAGCUGAAGAACAACAUGCUCACCAGCCUGUCCGGUGACCUUUUUGCCCUUAACAAUGUGCUUUACGACUUGGAUCUCCAUGGCAACAACUGGACGUGCGACUGUCGUCUGGAAGAACUGAAAAGAUGGAUGACUGCUGCGCAUUCUCAGGGCAGAUUGUUGACUGUUUUUGUGCAGUGUCAUCACCCAGUAACUCUGAGGGGGAAAUAUCUGGACUAUGUGAACAGCUCCCAGCUUCAGCCCCUGGGGAACUGGACCCACUUGUGCAGGAGCCAAGCUGGGCCUGAGGAGAGCCGGGGAGGUGGGGUGUUGGUAAAGGUGGAGGGACAAGAGAUAGGUGCAAUAAGGCAGGAGGUGAAGGGGGAAGAAGGCCAAGUGGAGGAGACAGAAGGUAUAGAUUUGAGACAAGGGGACACGGGUGGGGUGAUAAUCAAGAAAGAGGGAGAGAAAAGUAGGAAAGAGGGACAGGAGGAGGUGGGAAUCCAGGGAGACCAAGGGGGUUCAGUGGUGGCAGCACCCUCUUCUUCACUGGAAAGAAAGAAACCAAAGAAGGAGUCGCUCAGCCCAAGGUCACGACCUGCUGCAGUGGCAGCUGGGAAACGCGCAAAAGGGAGACGUAGGUCAAAUGUUAUCUCCAGAACUGAUGCACCAGCUGUUUCCACACCAAGUCUUACUAGAAUCCAGGACAGAAACACCACUGAUCCAAACACAGGGAUCACCAUCUCCUCUCUGGUCCAAUCAGGGGAAAAAUUUGAUCUUCUGAGGUCAGAUCAGGAGGAGGCGCUUCCUGUAAUCACAGAUCCUUGUGUGUUCAACCGCCACUUCAUCACUAAUGUUUCAGUAGAUCAAGUGACUUCCAGUACAGUCACCGUCUACUGGACCACCAGGGAUCAUCACCGCUACACACCAGGACCUGGGCCCGUCCUAGAUGAAGUCCACUACCGGAUUCUGUUUGACCGGUUUGGCACUCCAGAUCGUUUCCCCCGCUAUGUUUACACUCAUGGUACAGCUCGCUCUGUAACCCUUCGAGAGCUCAACUCCGAUGUGACCUACAUGGUCUGCGUGGAAGGAGUAGUGGGGGGAUCAGUGUGUCAAGUAGCACCCCGUGACCACUGUGCAGGGCUGGUCACUCUGCCUGAGGGGUUCAGCAGUGGAGGUGUGCUGACCUCUGACCUCCAGCUGGUGACGGUGGCCACGCUGGCCGGGAACGCUGUGCUUCUGCUUGUCAUUGGCGGGGUCUGGCUGGGGCGGAGCCUUAAGAGGAGGUUUGAAAGGAGGAAGUCGGCCGUGCACGUGCGACACAUGUAUUCCACCAGGCGACCGUUUCGUCCCACCAUGGCAACCGCCUCGGUGUCCACUGACUUCACCAGCUACCAGAGCAGUCGUCCAGCACGACUUGCACCCCUAGAGGAAGGGGACCUCAUCGAGUUCCCUUGCGACCGCUUUAUGGACAGCAGCAGUGUUCGCAGAAACAGUGACAUGCAGAGAUUCUCUGACUAGAGCCAUAAAAACUACAAAAUGACUGACACUGUACAACAGGAAGAUAUGUGAAUCUUUGGCCUAGUCUUCAGAAUACAGAAAACACAAACUCCCCUCUCUGGACACACUGCAGUGUUACAUUAAAAACCUGGGUGUGUUUGUGGCUAUGAACAAACCGAGUCGAGAACGCCACCAUUUUAUGUUUUGUUUUUGUCAUUUGACCACAAGAAAACGUUGAAAGCGACAAAAUUGCAGCUGAGCUCAUCAGUGCCUUUCCAGACACCAGAGGAAGUCCAAUCCCUCUGACUUCCUCUUCCUGCUUUGCGCCUUUCCUCUUUCAUUUCCUUGCACCUGUGAGUGUUUCUAAAUGUGUGAUUGCAAGUGUGUAAGCAUGAAUGAUUGAUCACUGAUUUCAACUACGGUGCUAAGAUUGAGUUCAUAGACAUCAUAUUGUCUCACAUUUGUACAGUUUGUAAUGAUGGCUGCUGGUUGGCAGGAAUAAUAUCACUUGUUUUGUAUCACAUCUAUUAUGUUUUUAUACUUUUUUUAUAUAAUUUUGCAUUACAUGAAGAAGUAAAAUCCCCAACAAUGUGA